UCACUUCGACACAACCACCUCUACCACCUAUCUCUCCACCCAGUUUCUCAUCAACCGCAAUAAUGGCCCCCAACCGUGUCGUCGUCUCCAACAACGGUCGCCCCCAGAAGGGCUUCAUGAGCACCAUCUACGAUGAGGCCACCUCCCCCGAGAACACCACUAUUGUCCGCAGUCUCCUGGUCUUCGGAGCCGGUGUCGCGUUCCUCCAUAGCAGCCUCGGCGAGUUCCUCCUUCCUCCUAUGUAAAACAACUCCAUCGCCAGCCUCGGAUCGGCUCGAAUCAUUUCUUUGGACCUUGUGAAGCAUACUGGCGUCGGUCAAGGGAAACAUGUUGGAUAGACACUCCUCGCUCGACGCUCUCGAUAUCUCUGUAUAAUAGUUUGUUGGGCGUGCAUGCAUUUGGCAUUGCUCCCCGGGUGAUUUUUUAUGAAUACCAGGAUUUUGACACUGUC